AGUACUUCCUGAUUGCACAUUACGUCACAUUGAUAAACAGUUUGUUUCGACAAAGUUGAUAUGUAUGAGAUUGAUAUAUAUGAGUUGAAUUAACUAGAGGUUCUCCUGGUUCUUUUCGCCGAAUAGCAAUAUUGAAGAGAGGUUACUUCUACAGUCAGUAGCACUUAAAGAACUGAUAACAUGCAGAACUACGGUAAAGCAAUAAAGACUUUUUUGGGACAAUAUCCGACGGGGAUCGCUCUUAUCACAGUCACAGGAGUGGGGCUCUUUGCUCUGCGUAAAUGGCUGGCUGGAGGGGUGUGUACGAGCAAAGCCCGGCUGGACGGGAAGACUGUCCUUAUCACCGGAGCCAACACUGGGAUUGGGAAAGAGACUGCAGUUGACAUGGCUAGCAGGGGGGCGAGGGUUAUUCUGGCCUGCAGGGACAUGACAAGAGCCAAUCAAGCUGCAGAGGGUAUCAGGAGGAGGAGUGGCAAUGGGAAUGUGAUUGUCAAAAAGUUGGACUUGGCAUCCCUACAGUCUGUGCGACAACUAGCCAAAGAGAUCCUGGAAAGUGAAGAGAGACUGGACAUCCUUAUUAAUAAUGCAGGUAUCAUGAGCUGUCCAAAAUGGCAGACUGAAGAUGGCUUUGAGAUGCAGUUUGGUACCAACCACUUAGGCCACUUUUUAUUGACAAAUUGCCUUUUGAAUCUCCUUAAGAAAUCAGUCCCAAGCCGUAUUGUCAACGUCUCCAGUUUAGCUCAUGAAAAAGGCAAGAUCUAUUUUGAAGACAUAAACUUAGAUAAAGAUUACAGUCCAUGGAAAAGCUACCGGCAGAGUAAGCUAGCUAAUGUGCUCUUUACUAGGGAGCUGGCAACACGACUACAAGGAACUGGAGUAACUACAUACAGCCUCCAUCCUGGAGUCAUCCGGACUGAGCUUGGUCGGCACUUCUGGCCCACCAUUCCCCUGUGGAAAAGAGCCAUCUACAAGACUCUUAGUUUUUGGCUCAAGUCCCCUAGAGAGGGAGCCCAGACCACCAUCCACUGUGCCGUAGAAGAAAGCCUGGCAGAUGUCACUGGACUCUACUACAGUGACUGUGCCCCAAAAACUGUGGCCCCUCAGGGCCAGGAUGAUGCAGCUGCCAAGAAACUGUGGGACCUGAGUGCCUCCAUGGUUGGUCUGGCAUGAUGGACCUGGUUACCACUAGGACUGGCCUAGCCUUUAGAAUGUUGACAUACAGUUGAAGUCAGAGGUUUACAUACACUUAGGUUGGAGUCAUUAAAACCUGUUUCUCAACCACUCCACAAAUUUCUUGUUAACAAACUAUAGUUUUGGCAAGUCGGUUAGGACAUCUACUUUGUGCAACACAAGUCAUUUUUCCAACAAUUGUUUACAGACAGAUUAUUUCACUUAUAAUUCACUGUAUCACAAUUUCAGUGGGUCAGAAGUUUACAUACACGAAGUUGACUGUGCCUUUAAACAGCUUGGAAAAUUCCAGAAAAGGAUGUCAUGGCUUUAGAAGCUUCUGACAGACUAAUUGACAUCAUUUGAGUCAAUUGGAGGUGUACCUGUGGAUGUAUUUCAAGGCCUACCUUCAAACUCAGUACCACUUUGCUUGACAUCAUGGGAAAAUCAAAAGAAAUCAGCCAAGACCUCAGAAAAUAAAUUGUGGACCUCCACAAGUCUGGUUCAUCCUUGGGAGCAAUUUCCAAACUCCUGAAGGUACCACGUUCAUCUGUACAAACAAUAGUAUGCAAAUAUAAACACCAUGGCACCAUGCAGCCGUCAUACCGCUCAAGAAGAAGACGCGUUCUGUCUUCUAGAGAUGGAUUUACUUUGGUGAGAAAAGUGCAAAUAAAUCCCAGAACAACAGCAAAGGACCUUGUGAAGAUGCUGGAGGAAACAGGUACAAAAGUAUCUAUAUCCACAGUAAAACGAGUCCUAUAUCGACAUAACCUGAAAGGCCUCUCAGCAAGUAAGGAGCCACUGCUCCAAAACCGCCAUAAAAAGACCAGACUACGGUUUGCAACUGCACAUGAGGACAAAGAUCAUACUUUUUGGAGAAAUGUCCUCUUUUCUGAUGAAACAAAAAUAGAACUGUUUGGCCAUAAUGACCAUUGCUAUGUUUGGAGGAAAAAGGAGGAGGCUUGCAAGCCGACGAACACUAUCCCAACCGCGAAGCAUGGGUGUGGCAUCAUCAUGUUGUGGGGGUGCUUUGCUGCAGGAGGGACUGGUGCACUUCACAAAAUAGAUGGCAUCAUGAGGGAAGAAAAAAUUGGUGGAUUUAUUGAAGCAACAUCUCAAGACAUCAGUCAGGAAGUUAAAGCUUGGUCGCAAAUGGGUCUUCCAAAUGGACAAUGACCCCAGGAAUACUUCCAAAGUUGUGGCAAAAUGGCUUAAGGACAACAAAGUCAAGGUAUUGGAGUGGCCAUCACAAAGCCCUGACCUCAAUCCUAUAGAAAAUGUGUGGGCAGAACUGAAAAGGCAUGUGCGAGCAAGGAGGCCUACCAACCUGACUCAGUUACUCCAGCACUGUCAGGAGGAAUGGGCCAAAAUUCACCCAACUUAUUGUGGGAAGCUUGUGGAAGGCUACCCGAAACGUUUGACCCAAGUUAAACAAUUUAAAGGCAAUGCUACCAAAUAUUAAUUGAGUGUAUGUAAACUUCUGACCCACUGGGAAUGUGAUUAAAGCUGAAAUUAAAGCUGAAAUAAAUCCUUCUCUCUACUAUUAUUCUGACAUGUCACAUUCUUAAAAUAAAGUGGUGAUCCUAACUGACAGGGACUUUUUACUAGGAUUAAAUGUCAGGAAUUGUGAAAAACUGAGUUUAAAUGUAUUUGGCUAAGGUGUAUGUAAACCGACUUCAGCUGAAUUACCAUCUGAUGAUGAUGAACUGUGAAAUGCAUCCAAACCUCAUUGCAUUCAGUAAGAAACUGUUGAAUAACAUUUGCUUUAGAGACAUUUAUUUAGAAUACACAGCAAACUACAUACAAAAAUACUAUGCAUCGAAAUAUGUUAAUAACGUGAGCCUUUUAAACAGAAUGAAUGUCUCAUAGUUAAGUUACAUGGAAGCUGUAUGAACUUUUACUUUGCCAUAAGUGUAAAUUCUAUUCUAGGGGAACAAGGUUCACUAAGUCUGUAUUUACGUACGUUUGUAGUAUACACAUAUUAUGUUGUCUUGUCAUGGAACUGAUGUAUGAAAAUACAUGUGCUAUAUCUACAAAACAUUUAGAGAAACAACAUACAUUUUUCUCUUGGGUAAUUUAAAACCUACCAUAAUAAAGUGCUGAUUUACGUAAUCUCUUAAAUUGUAUUUAGCUAAGGCAUAUAAGUCAUACAUGGUUUGUUUAUACUCUGAGCCUUUCAUAUUGGGCAUUAAACCAACGGCACUAAAACAAAACAUCUUGUGGUUGCAUUAUGAACGAUAAAUUACUUUUUGAUCCACCCUCUUUUCCGAUAAUUUGUCUGGAAGGCACUGUGUACAAGUUUGCUACAAAACAAUCAACCUCAAUUUAAUACUAAAGCUACAACAUACCCCCCAUCUGCAUGUUGCACUAAUAACAACAUUCUAUACAACCAGAUGACUUGUUGGCUACACAUGUACCUCCUACUGUAUGUGUUCUUAGGAUUGCACAUCUAAAGGAUCUGAGGUGCCGACGAGGAUUAUUUUUCAUAUACUUAUGGUCAAAUAAUUUUUAUGAUUUUCAAAUACUUUUUUUUAUCUCUCAGCCAACCCUGUUCCUGGAGAGCUACCAUCCUUUUUGCUUUAACUCUAAUUUAGUGCACCUGAUUCUAAUAAUUAGCUGGUUGAUACACGGAAUCAGUUUAGCGAAAUCCUACAGGAGGGUAGCUCUUCAGGAACACGGUUAGAGGAGCCAUGCUUUAGAUGUUGCUAGUGUCUAACCUGUAACGUUUAAUAGGUGUGGUGCUAAUAUUCUAAGAGCAUCCAUAACAUUUACAACUUUAUACUGGUAAGCAAGUUAUAUCCAUGUUCCAUUGGUUUUCUAAGAGGAAAAGUUGAAAUUCCAAUCAACAAAAUUUCCUUUAGAAAUGUUAGCCUUAUUUUAUGUUAACAUUGCUACAUCUACAAACAAUGAGUCCACUACAGCUCCUCAAAAGCAGAGAGCUGCUUCAUUUGCUCCACUUGCAUAGAGUGCCUCCUUACAAGUUUUUUUUUUGACUUGAGCUGGCCUCUUUUUGGUGAGUUUGGUGCUACUGGAGCUAUUGAUAUGAAACCUGAGGCAAGAGGGGAUGAGGGCUUGCUGCUGGCUCCGAUGUCUGGGAUAGGAGGGUUGGGGUUGACGUUCAGUGGGGGUAGAUGGCCAGGCCGGGUAUGGGAAAUGUAGUCCAGCAGCAGAGUCCCCGAGCCUCGCCUCUCCAAGAGGCCUGGUGCGCGGCGACGUGCUGUGCUAGGUGAUGACGUGCUGGCAUUGCUGUCUAGGGACUCCCUGGAGCUGGUCAGCAUGGCUAAUGGAGAUGUGUUGAGUUUCCUCCUCUCUAGAGGAACCUUAGAGUCCAGCAUGCCAGAGUCUGAGUACAGCUGGGAGUCUGAGUCAUAGUGGUCAGUGCCCAGCCAUCUCCUGUAGACCGGGUCUCUCAAGCUAGCUGGCACACUGUUGCUGCUACUGUCCUGGUCUGCAGGGACGGUGCUACGCCGGGCCAGGGGCUGGUGCUGACACAGAGACCUCUCAUAGGCCGAUUUGGAAGUUAGAGGGACAGACAAUGAGGAUGACAUUUGUGGGAACAACAUAUCCUUGCCAUCCACACUGUUUUGUCGAGACAUAGUCGAUCUCUUGGAUAGAGCAAGUCCAUUGACGCCUGUGACAACCUCCUCAGAGGUGGCUCUCUUACUCUCCUCGUGGGCCGCAGCUGCAGCCAGGACGGAGGGAGCGAUCAGCCCCCACGGCUCUGACUGCAGACGCUUCAGCUGGGGUAAACGAGCACGCUUGGGAUUGGCUGGUCGCCGUGUGGGAGAGGUUGGCCCAUUGGGAAGCUUUGCUGCUGUGCUGGAUGAUGUUUUCAACUUUGUCUGGAAACUGAAGAUAGUGUUGUGCUGCUCGGCUGAGUUAGGUGAGGGGGAGGUGUUGAGCUCAAUGUCAGAGGGAGUGGUGCAGAAUGCAGGGGAGCACCUAUCCUCUAGCUCUGGGGAAGGGGGGACAUUAAGGUACUGCUUGGUGGUUUUGGUGCCAGAGGGUGACUUGUCUGUGGUGAUAAUGAUUACUUCUUUGCCCUUGGCCUUACAUGCAUCUAGGAGAACCUUUAGGGUCUCCGUAUCAUCGACAUUGACUGCAUAGACCAAAGCAGAAGCCCCGCUCCUGUCUUCGAGACUUGGGUCAGCCCCAUUGGUCAACAGGUGGGACACCACCUCAUGCCCCGCCCUCUGGCUACAGGCGUGCAUCAGGGCUGUCCGGCCUGCUUUGUCCUGGAUGUUAGGGUCAGCCUUAUUAUCCAGCAGGUACUUGACCAGCUUUGCCUUGCUGACACUCUGCGGGUCGCUGUGUUUGGACAUGCAGGCCACCAUGAGCGGUGUCUCUCCUCGCUCGUUGCUCUCAUUAAUAUAGGCACCCCCCUCAAGCAGGAGCCUGGUGAGCCGCAGGCGUCGGAGCCAUACCGCUUUCAGAAGCGAAUUCCCGUCUGUCCGCAGCUCCAGUAUGUCUGCCAUCAUCUCCAAGACAACCACAGAUAGCGCCCUCCCUCAGUGGUGAAAGGCAGUCACAACCUGCAGCCCUUCAAACAAAGUAUUGAUUUAUUUCAUUAUAUUUUGUUCAAUCUAUAGGUCUGCUCAAUGAUUCAUCUAGUAUUAUCAAACACAGAGUCAUCACAAUGGAUCAUUUCCAAGCCUCAAGACUACCACCAGGAGGCAGUCUGUGUUCAGUAAAAAUCACUUUUGAAGACAUGGACAGGUAUGUCAAUUAUGGACGAAACUUUAUACCUUUUUAGGUGGCCUUAUUGUCAAAACAUGAAACUGAUUGUAGCAAUGAAAAAAAUAUAACUUCGUGAAUCGGAGCCUAACCUUUAUAUAUACCCUGAUGAAGAUGGCUUGGCUGUCAGGAACGUUGGUUAUACAAUUAUUGCAUCUGAGCUCCUAGAGUGUGCUAAUUUCCUUUUCUUUUUCUAGGGGCCUAAUCUUGUCACAUGUAUCUUCUGUAAGCUUCGAUCUCCCUGUGUAAAACAAGUUAGAUGGAAGGAUGUGCGUUAAAGGCUAUAUGUAGGCUAAACGUUCUGUAUUUAAAUCAAGCCAUUUAUCUUGAAUGUAUCGCUUGCUAGAUGGAGAUGGACAACCUUAGCCUAGUAUUUUAACUUUUUUUGUUGUUGCUCUGUAAUUGACCAAUUAAUCCCAGAUCCAAGACUAUACAUUAAUUAGUUCGAGCUUUAGAUAAUAAAAUACCAAAAAUAUAGAACAUGACAUAUGGAGAUAAUCAUAUGGUUGUAGAAGAAAACAGCCUCACCAUGAGCGUUAACAUCUUGUGCAUAGCAUAAAAGAGUAUGCCUACAGCAAAAACAUAUACUUUGCUAUUUUUUCUUACAAGACUCGAUGACAAGUAAGAUAUGUCUUAGUGUAGGCUACCUAAUGUGCAUGAUCGAGUGAAUAAGUAUUACCAUCAUCCUCGCGCGAUCGCGUAGAAUAGUCUAUAGCGCGUCGCUGUCCAUGGUCCUCAUUGUGGAUAACUUGUUAGACGCGCGUCUGGUAGAAAACGUUUUAACUAUACAAUUCAUAAUAUGUUGCACAAUGUAAGCUACAUUUUUGUAUACACUUGUAAUAUACUAUGAUCCCUGUGUGUCAUUAAAAUAAAGUAUUAGCAACAGAAGUCGCCUAAAAAGGACUUCAAUUUAAGGUGUUGGCUAUAUGCGCCUAACGUUUCAUAUUCUCAUUAGCUAAACUAUCUUAAAUGAUCGAAUCAUAGUAGGCUUCUCAAAAAGUGUGUGGUCUAUACAAUGUUAGUAUGAAAUUACAUGAGUGGUAUAUUAAUGUUGAUUCUGUAUGUUUUUAGCAAGAAAAAAUCUGCAUUCAUCCACAUGGUUUUAUACAAAAUAUCAAGAAGGUUUAACUGUCAUUCAACCAUGUAUCUUACCUGAUCCAGGCUUGUCAUAUUCAAAGGUGCACCAAAUGUUUUGUCAUUACCUGUCCUGAAACAUAAUGAAAAUAAAAGUUUUCAAAUGGU